CCCUCCUAGGCCAUCAUCCGGCUUUUUGCGGCCCUGUCAUGGCGGAGGCCGGGGCCUCGUCCGAGAGGCUGCGCUAUGUCGAGUACGGCGGCAGGGGCCGUGCAGGGGAGCCCGACCUGGACCGCGGGCUGGCUGGAACUAUGAUAGCAGUUGGCCUGGGUGUUGCAGCUGUUGCAUUUGCUGGUCGCUAUGCAUUCCAGCUCUGGAAGCCACUGGAGCAAGUAAUCUCAAAAACAGUAAAGAAGAUUUCCACUUCUAGUCUUUCAUCCUACUAUAAAGGUGGAUUUGAACAGAAAAUGAGUAGGCGAGAAGCUAGUCUCAUUUUAGGCAUAAGUCCAUCUGCUAGCAAGGCCAAGAUUAGAACAGCUCACAGGAGAAUCAUGAUUCUGAAUCACCCUGAUAAAGGUGGAUCACCUUACUUAGCAACAAAAAUAAAUGAGGCCAAAGACUUGCUAGAAACCAGCACCAAAAAUUGAUGCUCAAGGACUUCUGUGAUUAGGAAAAAUGAAACCUUUUAUAUAUUCUUUUCUACAGGAAAUCCUGUGGAGAUAUUUUGGGACAACUAUCAGCCACUCAUUUUACACAAUCGUUUACACUGAAUCAGAUGAUCUGUUAUUUAUCUUCAUAAUUAAAGAUUUAAGACUAUUUAAAAAGUGAACUGAAAUAUUUCA